AAACUUUAAGACCAAUUUGUAUAUUCAAAUCAUUUAAUUAUGUGACAAAAUCGAAUUUUUUUUCCUUAUUUGGAAACAAAAGCAAUAUUAUUUUUUUUUGGCGUUUUUUCGAAAGACAACGCAAUUACUUUAUCAGGAUUGUGGGCUGUGGCUUUACGGGUUGAGAUCGUUAUAUAAAGAAGACUUGGACGGGGAUAUUUGCUUGAAAAUAAUUAACAACAAAAUUUUUAAAACAAUUCAAUUUUUAUAAAAAAAGGCCUAUUUUUUUUUUACUUUAAUCACAUUAAUUUUUUUUUAAAAAAAAAAAAUGUCAAAACUUUCUUUCAUCGCUCUUUUCAUAAUUGUCAUUUUCGCUUUUCAAACGACAAACGUUAGCGCUGGACCAAUCGCUUAUGCUGUUUGUCAAACCGCAUGUAAUCUUGGUUGGGUUUCAUGUUAUGCGUCAGCAGGAAUAGUUGCUGGAACCGUCACCGGAGGUCUUGGUGCCCCUUUUGCUGCUAUCGCUUGUAAUGUUGCCCAAGGUGUUUGUAUGGGAGCGUGUGCUGGCUUAUUAGUUGCUCCAACUCCAUAGUGAAAAUGAAAAUAUAUUAUUCUUGUAUAUUUUAUUUUUUUUUAAAAAUUUAUCAAAUAACAAUACAUAUAUAAUUUUGGUAAAUUUGUUUCAAAUUUACCUCAAAAAAAAAAGAAAAGAAAAAAAAAAAGUAUAUAAUUCAAAAAAAACUAAAAAAAUUAUAUAUCCAUUAUAUAUUUAGUUUAAUGUGGUUACAAUGUAUUUUUUAUUAGGAAGCUCAUAUAUGUAUUGUAGGAUUUAUUAAGUAAAAAUAAAGCUCUCUCGUUUUUUUUUUUU